CCCAUAUCAACUCCACGGAACAAGCGAGAAGCCCACCCACGACCGCCUAAGAUGCCCAAAGCAAAGCAAAAGCGCAGCAAAGCCGGCGACAGCAAUGUCUCUCCUUACGCAAAGCCAACUUCAGCCGCCGCGGCGCAUUCGAUUUUCAAAAUGGACAAGGACCUUGGUCAGCAUAUCCUGAAGAACCCCGGUGUCGCGACAGCCAUUGUCCAGAAAGCGCACCUCAAGCAAAGCGACCACGUCCUGGAAGUCGGUCCUGGUACCGGUAACCUGACAGUCCUGAUACUCAAGGUAGCAAAGCAAGUCACAGCCGUCGAGAUGGAUCCGCGUAUGGCAGCCGAAUUGACAAAGCGAGUGCAAGGCACACCCGAAGAGAAGAGACUUACAAUACGACUGGGCGAUGUAAUCAAGGCCGAAUUGCCACGAUUCGACGUAUGCAUUAGCAACACACCGUACCAGAUCAGUUCGCCCUUGGUGUUUAAGCUGCUGGCGCUGCAACACCCACCACGCUGCUGCGUACUCAUGUUUCAGCGCGAAUUCGCUAUGCGCCUUUUUGCGCGACCGGGCGAAAAGCUCUACUCGCGCCUCUCAGUCAACGUGCAAAUGUGGUCCAAAGUCUCGCACGUCAUGAAAGUCGGGCGUAACAACUUCAACCCGCCGCCGCAAGUCGAAAGCAACGUGGUGCGCAUCGAACCCAAGAACCCACGGCCGCAGAUCGCCUACGAGGAAUGGGACGGCCUGCUGCGCAUCUGCUUCGUGCGUAAGAACAGGACUCUGCGCGCGAGUUUCAUGGGCACCGCCGCCGUCCUCGAUCUCCUCACUAGCAACUACCGUCUGUACUGCGCGCAAAACGACAUCCCCAUCGACGAUACCCCGCUCGACCCCAGCGAAAUCGCAGCCGCUGAAGAGGCCGAAACCAUGGAUGUAGACGACGAAUUCAAGGGCUUCUCUGACCCAGAUGACCCAGACGAUGAGCUGCCUGAUUUCUUCAAGCAGCUGCAAGCUGAGGGCAAGAAGAACAGAAACGGCGCGAAUCGCAAGCGCAAGGGCAGACUCGCGGAGCUGGUCAGGGAAAAGGUUAGAAAGGUCCUGGAAGAUGAGACGCAGCUUGCGGAUAAAAGAGCGAGGCUGUGUGACGAAGGCGACUUUUUGAAGCUGCUGUAUGCGUUUAAUCAAGAGGGUAUCCAUUUCAGCUAG